CACGCAAUGAGAGCUUGCACGUCACGCAAAGAGACGGCGCGAAUUUCUCUCUAGCUUUUACGGGUGAGUUUAUUUCGCUUAUCGAGUCGAGUCGAAAUUUCCACGCCGUGUCUUCCGCGACUCCGAGAGCUCGUCGGGUGCAUUUGUGCGCCCUGAUCAUGUGUAUGCGCCAUGAACAGCGUUCGGGCCAGGACUGGCAAAUGCGGCGACGGAAGAGCCGAAGCUGAUGGAUCCUAGCACUGCAUGAUGCCACAAUCGGCCAGAUCAUCACGAUCGCGUUUCCGUCCAAAUCCUGUCCACGGCGACACCAGCUCACCUCUCUGACAUCUAUUGCAGGAACGGCGAUAGAGCUCUACGGCUUGGCCGUCCAAUCUACAUUCUCCAUCCUUCUCGACAAUGAAAGCACGUCGUCAUCGUCAUUUGCUGCCUCAGAGCCGUUCAAUACCACUGCAGAUCCGACGACGGCUCUUCUUGCUUCUUUCUCUGGACUGUCUCAGCAAGAUCAUAUUAUUUCUUUUACUGCGCACACCACAAACACGGCAAAUGCCUCUAACACAUCGGGUUUACUUAUCUUCGAUCGGGCCGUUGUCGCCGUGUCGACUGGCCUUACAGACGCCGCGGUCACGACGACGGUGAUCAGUGACACAGAGAUGCAAUUUACUGGCUCCUGGACUUUUGUAAAUGACUCCACAUUGAUUCCCGAAGGAGACCACAGUUGUCAUUUAACUCAAGCCGCUGGUGAUCAAGCACAGUACUCAUUCAAAGGUUCCUCAAUUGAGCUAGCUGGCCUCACCAACGCAUCGGCGGGUCUAUUUAAUAUCAGCUUGACUUCCGAUUCCGAUUCUGUCACACUUCGACAGCAGCAACUAUCCGGCAUCUCGUCAUUUCUUACGUAUACGACACUCUUUUAUGCUUCCGGCCUCGAUCCGACAGCGACACACACGUUGACCAUAAGAAAUAUUGAGAAUAGAACUCUUGCAGUGGAUAGCAUGAACAUCACUGUUGUAAGUGGUGGGCAGGCGUGAGUAAUUCAUUUAUCUUGUAAAAAUCUCACGUAUCAUAUUUUGUAUUGUGUCUUCCACUCCUUUUGGUAUUUUCCCUGCCGCAUUUUGCGCGAAUUGCGGGGACUUCGUAUCAUUUUCAGUGGCCCUUGAUUACGAUUACUAUAUUUAGUAACCA